AUGACGCCAAUGAUGGACAACAUCGUCACGGACCACCCGCGACCAUUGACGAGCACCGAGGAUGUGAAGACGACGUGGCAGAUGUGCCACAUCGUCCGGACAGUGACGACGCAUGCCGUCGUCACUGUCCAACCUGAUCAGGACGGUGCCACGUCACGCCGCAACCACGAAUGCCCACCAAUGUCAAUGCCCGCCCACAACACAACAACGACCAAAUCUGCCCACCCACGAACAACGCCCACCGCCCCACACGACCCCACCGCCCACGAACACCCGCCCACGACAACGACUGCCCACGAGCGCCCACGACGCGACAACGAACGCCCACGAAUGCCCAUGCACGACAACGAACACCCACCAGCGCAACGCAAACGCCAAUGCAAACAUGAACGAAACGGCAACCCACCCCCACGGACGCCAAUACAGCCCACCACCCACGACCAACGACGACGCACGCCCACACAUGGAGGAUUCUGUUCACGUCAACGGAAAUGGGCAACGACGAGCCCAGGUGAGCUCCCCCUCUCUCCAUCAUUCCUCACCACCACCCUUCCAUCAUCCCCCCUCCCUCCCUCUGUUGCUCCCCCUCCCAUUUCUCCCCCUCCCUCCAUUGCUCCCCCCUCCAUCCAUUCCCACCUCACCCUUCACCACUCCCUCCCUUCACCACUCCCUCCCUUCACCACUCCCUCCCUUCACCACUCCCUCUCUCCUCCAUCACUCCUUCCCCCUCCCUCCCCCCUCACUCUCUACUACAUCCUCCCCCCUCCAUCACUUCCCCCUGUCUUCCCCCCCUCCCUUAAAUAUUGA